ACAAACCCACCUUCAUCCAACUGGUUUCUGUUUAACCUGUCCUCGUAACGUAAAUAAAAUUCCCAAUUCUCCCUCUUCUUCUAUUCAAAUCCUAGACAUUGUAUAAAUAUAUUCAUUCAAAAACCCUAAAUCAAAAUUAGUAAUUCCUCUAGAAACUCCCAGAUGAUACCAAACAGCUCCCGAAAGCGCCAGCGCCCGCCUCACCACCACGCCUCCGCUAUCGUCGAAGCCUUCCCCCACAAGACCAUCUCCGAAUUCUCCCAAAAGCUCCCCCGAACCUCCUUCUCCUUCAACGAUCCUUCCACCGCUGACGUCAUCCUCCGCUUCUUCAUCGACCGUUCCCCCUUUGAUUCCUCCAAUCCCUCCGAUUCCGCUCGCCAUUCCGACCUCCAGAUCUAUCUCCACUCCCGCGUAAUCUUCCGCGCCAAAUAUUUCUCCGCUCUUUUAUCUGAUCGCUGGCAACACCAAGCAAACAACCACAAUGCCGGCCAUGAUUCUAGAACCAUUGCUAAUUGUAAUAAUAUGUUCCAUUUGAAUCUCGGCGUUCACGACGAUCCGACCGUCCAUUUAACCGUGCUUCAACUGCUUUACACCUACGAUUUCCCAACCGUCAUUGCCUCAGCUUCAACCGCACUCGAAAUCCUCCCCGUCGCUCUCGAGUUACUCUUCGAAGAUUGCGUCAAAGCAUGCGUCAAAUUCUUAGAAGCCGUGCCGUGGAGCGAGGAAGAGGAGAAGAGAGUUUUGAGCUUGAUCCCUCUCUUGCGUGAAGAAGAAUCCAAGGAACUCCUCGCCAGAGUUUCGCCGGGGGAAGAUGAUUUUUAUGAGGAGAUGUUGCAUGGAUUGAUUGAAAAAGCGAUGUAUAGCCAGCCUAACAUGGCGUUUGUUAAAGUCUUCGUGGCUAAGCUUCUGAGAGAUUUUUCGUCGCGGGAAUCAGCGAGGAGGGUUUUGGAGAGGGCGUUCGACGCGAAUUUGAGGAUCGUGAAGGAGAGUUUGGAGCAGUAUUCGAGCCCUGAUUUUAAAGGGGAUCAUAACGAGACAGAGGCGAUACAGAGGUUGCAUUUGCAUACGGCGAUGACUAAUGGGAGGCAUUUGUUGUGGCUGGUUGAGAGGAUGAUUGAGUUGAAGGUUGCAGAUUUGGCAGUGAAGCAAUGGAGUGAGCAGGCAGCGUUUACGGUGGAUUUGCAGAAAGCGUUUAGGGAUGAUGCUUGGAGGAAUAUUGUUCCAGGACUCCCUGCUGUCAUGCUCCGCUGUACUUGUAAGCUUGCCAGUGCAGUUGCUGCUGGAACAAUAUUAUCUUCCAGACAGGUGAGAAUGAAGCUUGUGAAAGAUUGGCUUCCUGUUCUGAUCUCAAGCAAAGACAAUGUCUCACCUAUGCUGCCCAGUCAUAAAACACUGUACCUAGAAUUGGAGGAGACAUUCCUGAGAAUUAUCUCAACAUUGCCAAUGUCAGAUGCACAAGUUCUGUUGCAACAAUGUCUAAGCUUCUCAACCAGGAAUGUUGAAGAUUGCCCCCACUUGGUCACAGCUUUCAAUACUUGGUUCCGCAGGGCACGUCAACCUCCUCAAAUGGAAAAUCUUGGUUAAAAAGAAUGGUAUUUAUCAAUGGCGAUGGCAUUGGUUGUAGAUAGUGCUGCUUAUGGAGGUUUAGUUUUCUCUCAGACUUCUGUGCAUAUAACUGGUGAAUGAUGACGCGAACUGACUACUCUGUGCAUAAAACUAGAUAUUCCCCAAUGUGUUAACAUAUACAAAAAAAAGAAGAAGAUAAUAUAGCUUGAGGCUGCUAUGCACCUCUUUUUCCUGGUCUUAAACGUGAAAGUUAUUGUUGGCUGGAAAGGAGAUAAGAUUGUUAAAAUUGUUCGGUUACUCGAUGCCUUAUAACCAUUCUAUGUGUUCAAAGUGAGGUUAUAGCUAACAAUAUUUGAAUAUUCCACCAUGCAAAUAGUGGUAUGUAUAAAUUGACUUAUCAAUCAAAAGUUAAAUGCAGGGCUUUAUUGAUUUA